AUGCUGUCUUCGGCGCUUGUUCUGACCGGAAUCCGCCGACGCCGUCGCCGGGAGGUCUUCCCCUUCCUCCUCCGCUCCAUCUUCUCCUCCUCCGCCGCCGCCGCCGCCACUGUCUGGCCAGAGAACCGUCGUGCGGAGAUCAGUACUGCGGUCCCGAUCUCGCCGGGCGACCUCGAAGCUCUCGUUCGCGGCCAGUUCUGCAGCGGAAAGUUCUGCGACCUCCUCCGCUCCGUCGUCUCCCGUCCGUCCGUGCUCCUCACUGCCUGCGGAAAUAUCACCCCCUUGGGCCAUGGAGACGGCGGCGGGGACAAGGUCUGCUCCCUGGAGGCUGUCGAUCGUUUCGGGCUCUCCGUCGAGCAGCUUUCGCGCGAGCUCCGGAGGGGUGAAUUUGACCUGGAGUCUUGCUGCAUCAGGAUGUUUCCAUCGCGAGUGAAAGGGGAGUCCCUCGUGCUCCCCAACCUGAAGUUGAAGGUCGUGAUGGAGGCCGUCCGCAUGACCUUAGAAGCGAUCUACGACCCUCGCCUGUGUACCUUCUCCUACGGUGGGAGAUCUGGAAUGGGCCGCCACACUGCCGUCAGGUACCUCAAGUCCGCCGUCGAGAACCCGACAUGGUGGUUCCGCGUCGCCCUCCACAGCGAGCGGUUCGGCCUCAGGCAUGUGCGCAGACUCAUUGCGAUAAUGGAGGAGAAGAUAGAGGACCCCAGCUUGGCCCGUCUCCUCCAGGGGCUCUUCGUCUCAGAAGUACUGCUCAUCGAACUUGGGGGACUGAACAUGGGGAGGGGCUUUCCGCAGGAGAGCGGCCUCCGUUUGAUUCUUCUAAGCAUCUACUUCAACGGGUUGGACCACGACCUUCAGGACCUCCGGUUGCACGUUCAGAGGCAGAACCCGAGGAUCCUCCCAGUAGAUGGGCGCACGGUUUUUCACAAUCCGGUCAGGCUAUAUGCUGUUAGAUAUCUUGAUGAGCUUCUGGUGAUCACUUCCGGAUCGAAGACAUUUACAAUGAAUGUGAAAGAGAGGGUCAUCAGAUACCUGGAGUCCAAUUUGGACCUGAAAGUGAAUAGAUUGGAUACCACAAUCCACAGCGCCGUCUCUGAGAAGAUGAAUUUCAUCGGAAUGGAGCUUCAGGCUGUGCCGCCUUCAGUACUGCAUCCACCCAUGUCUGAAAAGGCCAUCCGAGCUAGGAAGAAGUACCUCAAGCAGAAGGCGGCGAAAGCUUUGGAAUUGAAGAAUGCUCGAGAGACAAUACGGAAGAAACUUGGGCUGAAGAUACUGAACCAUGUGUUCAAGAAGCUGAAAAAAUGUGGAGAAUUCAAGUUUGACUUCCGGAUUGAAUCCGAGGUCAGGGAAUUAUUCAGGGACUGGGCACAGGAGGUGGUGAAAGAAUUCUUCCAGUCAAAAGAGGAGCUUUGGACCUGGCACCGGGCGCUCACGUCUGGUGAUUUCUUGAAUUUGAAAGAAGUACGAGAUCAAUUGCCAACAGAACUUAUCCAAGCCUAUGAUCACUUUCAAGACAAGGUCAAUGAACAUAUGAAACCCGAGGUCGCUUGCAGGCUCAUAGGAGAGGAGGAUGGAAGAGAAAGUGAUGUUGGUUAUGAUGAGGGAAGAGAGGAGGAAGAGGAGAUGGAAAAAGAGGAGGACGAGGAGGAGGAGGUCAGAUACGCGGAAAGAACAGUGGAAGACUUGAGAAGGCUGUGCAUGAGAGUGAAUGCGCCGAUAGAAGCCAUAAGAAGAGCAGUUAAGAUGGCUGGGUUUACAAAUAACAAGGGGCGACCAAGGCCAAUCAAGUUACUCAUUUCCCUGGAAGACAUGGACAUCAUUAAAUGGUAUGCAGGUGUCGGAAUCAAAUGGCUAGAAUUCUUCUGUUGCUGUCGCAACUUCAGAGUGGUCAAAACAGUCGUCAACUAUCAUCUGAGGUUUUCAUGUUUCCUCACAUUGGCAGAAAAGCAUGAGUCAACUAAACGUGAAGCCAUAAAACACUACACAAAGGAUCUUAAAGCUAUGAACAAAGAUGGUCUGGAAGAGGUAUACUUUCCGACAGAAAGGGAAAUCAAAAUGAUGGGUGAUCAGAGGCUGUCUGAUCCAAAGCCUGUGGAUGGUGCUUUAUGCAUGAUUUUGGUCAAGUUAGCUUCAUGUGAAACCUCCUGUUCCUGUGUGGCCCAUUUCUGUGGUCGAGCUGAUACGCAUCUUUAUCGUGUACGUCUAUUGCAGAAUCGGCUGAAUGUCGAUCCAUCAAAUGAAGAAAAGUGGGUCCAAGGGAUGGGCGCUGUUCAUGAAAGUUUGAACAAGAAAUGCCUUCCACUUUGUUCAAAGCAUGCUGGUGAUCUAUACUUGGGUAAAAUCUCCCUCCAGGAUAUUGAUUGUACCUCAUUUGUGGAUAUCUAG